CUGAAGAUAGUUUAUUGUAUAGGGGGUAAAGUGGAAUAUACAUAUAUAUACACCCAGAACUGUAACCAACAAACUUCCCGAAAUCGGAUCAAAUCAUCACGAGUGUGCAUGCAAGUUUCAAUUUUAGUGAACAAACAAGCAUUCUAAAGAUCGAAUUCAAAGCUUUUUUUGAAGGAAAGAUUACCGUUUCUUUUUGCAUCUCCAUCCAAAUUCUGUUCAACGAAUUAUUGAGUAAAUCAUGUUCAAGUCACCGCGAAGGAAUGGGCGUAACAAAGGUUUUAAAAUAAAGCAUGUGAUUCAGGUUUCUAUGUUACUUGGUGUAAGCAUAUGGCUGCUUUACCAAAUCCACCAUUCCGAUGACAAGAAACCGUCUGUCACGACUAAAAUCUCACACGAGUUGGAUAAUGAUACUAUCGAGAACGUUGUUGUUAAGUUGGGGAGGAAAGAUCUUCGUCCCAAAGUGAAGGGAACGAAACCAGAUGAUGAACAAAAGAUCGAGACUGUUGAGGGUCGCGAGAGUCAAGGACAUGAGGAAGUUGGAGAAAAUGAACGCGUGGAUAGUAAAGAAGACGUUGAGGAGGUAAAAGAACACGAGAAUGAGAAUGAGAAAGAUGACGAUGAGGAGGAGGAGGAGAAAGGUAAUGAACAAACCGGAAAGGUUGAAAUGAAAGAAAGUGACGAUGGAAAGAAGCGCGACGAGCAGAACCAAGUUGUGGGUAUGGAGGAUACCGAGAAGCAAAUGAGUCCGAACCUGAAAGACGGUAAAGUUUCAAUCCCAUCAGAGGAUGUUGCUGAUGGUGAAGAUGAGAAUGAUAAGAUGAUGAACAAUGGAGAGAAUGAUACGCGUAGCAGCAGCAAGCAACCAAGUGUGGAUGAUAAUGAGCAUGAUUCAAAGAUUCAAACUGAAGAACAAAUAGAUUCAGCUCCAGAUACAUAUCCAAAUGGAACCGACCGUGCAAUCUAUUUAUUAACUACAGGAAAUGAGAAGAGCAUGGAAGGUGAUGGUGAAUCAGAAGCACAAAGCAAGACUUUGGAAUCAAUUCAGGGUGAGGCUGAGCAGAAAGGUGAUUUGUCAAUACAAGAAGAAGAGAAAGAUGCUCUUACAGAUCUGGAAACACUACCCGGGAACAACGGAACAGGAGGAGGAAGCAUUGCCCUUGAAAAUGCAGCUACAGAUUAGACUCUUGUUGUUUUUACUUGUGUUUAUUUUACUGUCAUUUUCAUUUGUUAUGUGUACUCUCAGUUUUAGUUGAACAUCCUAGUGCAAUGAGUAAUUCUUUUUUGCUAAA